AGCUUCUGAGCAUCUUCAGCUCUCUUUGAAGUGUUACUCAUAAAUAAAAUUAUACUAUUUCCAGGAUCUGUGAGAAAAGGAUAAUAGAUUGUCAUGGUUUGAUGUUUCACUUUUUAUUGUGUGCUGCUCGUUGUUAUUAUACUGAGAGAUCACAGUCCUGUAUAUGAAGGGAGAAGUCACUUGAUUUCACUGGAGGUGAGAGUGAACUACAGAUUACCAUAAUGCAUUUUAGUUGUGUUAACGUUUUCCUAUGGUGGAGCUUAAAUGAAACGAUCUGUUUUGUUAUUCUGGAUAGUUCUCUCAUCACCUGGACAUGCUGAUUUAUAUGAACUUUUUAUCUCUUGCUUUUCUACUUGCCCAAUUAUAUUCUUCUACUUCUCAUAGUGCAGACAUACUUUAAAAUGCACAAAAUCUACUCCAGUUCUGCUGCUGUCAGCAGGAGCUGACACGAGGGUCGGGAUUUCGCUUCUGUGUGUCACCUCCUCCAGUUGUCAUUUCAGCCUGAAACUCAUCUACAAACAGGUCUGUGUAAUAAUAUUUUUUCUUCUUUUUUUGAUUCCUUCAAACCCUUUGGUUACAAUUAACUUCCUUGAUUUCCAUCUGUGCACUGAUGCCCCUCACUUCUUUUCCUCAAGAGGCUUUUUGGUGAAUGUGCAAUUUUCUUUUCUUCUGAGUACUGACAACACAAUGCCCUCAUACGUUUUGCCUUUCUCUCCCUUCAACAUUUUAAUUCAUGCAUCCUUUCACAGUUGUUGUGGAAAAUCAUCAAUGAGUAACAUUGUACUUCUGCUCAUAAGAGAUUAGCUGCAGAUUCACCCUUCCUUUUCCAUUACAAAUAAGAAUGAUCACAUCUCAGGUCUUGUACGAAGGUUGUCUCACAGAUUCCAACUGAACACCUGAGUGAGGUGUUCCCUGUUUGAACAGCUUUCCAGGACCACCUGGCAAAAGAAUGAAACCUGUCAGUGCAUGUGGGGAAAUGCCUGCAGUGUCAUGACACAACGUAGCCUUCCUCUGCAGUUUUCAGCAGUUGUUUGCUGUUGGUAAGCAUACAGUUAGUUGUAGCAUUACCAACCAUGCUUACUAUGUUGCUGAAUCUGUUCAGUGAGCUUUGAAUCUGCAUUAUCCCCUUUUCUGUGUGUUUCGUUUUCUCUUCCUGACUCCAUUCUUUCGUUCCUUUUACAGGUUGUGCUGUAUUUUUGUUUGUUUGUUUAUCUUCACCCCACUACUUGGCUUGCAUGAGCUUCUGCUUUCUGCUGUUCUCCUAACUCACGUUUCCUUUUCCACUUAAUCUCUUUGAGCUGAACUUAUUCCCUCAUGUUUUUUUUGUUUUUUGUUUUUUGUUUUUCUUCUUUCAGUUCUUCACUGUGUGUGUUGUUGUUCAGUCACAAUCCCAUUCCCAAUAUCACUUCUUGGGCUGUUUUGCUCCCUCAGUUAAGCCCUUUGAAUUGACAGUGUUUCUGUUUGAAGCAAUCAACUUUUUGCUCUCUUAAAGGAGUAUGAGCCUCUUGGCAGCUCUUCCCACUGGAAUGUUCUUCCUGUUCUUGACCAGAUUCAUCGCUCUUAAUUCUGGACACCUCAUUUAAGUGCAUGGUCAUCCUUGACUUUGUGGUUAGUGAGAAGAAAAGGGCUUCUUCAAAAACUUUUUUGGACCAGGAGGGACCAAACUGAUCUCAAAAGCUUCCUUGGCUCUCCACUGAUUGCCCAGGGAGCUGUGAAUGACUGUACUCCCAACCAGAGUGUGUCAGAUUCCUAAUAGCCAUCUCUGUUCAAAGUAUACAGCUUAUAUACAUGCUUUCAGUUCUGACUUUCUAAUAGGAUGGAUUUUCAGGGCUUUCCCUCUUUUCCUCUAAAAUUGUCAGCACAACCAUGCAUAGUGCUUUGGAAAUGGUUUAAGAGAAUUGAACUUGUGUGCUUAAAAAUAAAAACAGAAACAACCUGAUCACAUCUUCAGCAUAGUGAGUUUGUGGGAGAGAAUAUUCCUGCUCUCUGACUAAUCAGUCCUGUGCACUGAACUGAUCAACCCAUCUGUCUGCUGCCACUUUCCUCCCUCUGCUGGAACACUGAUGUAUUCAUGGCAUAGUGGGAAAAAUUGUUACUAGAGGAAGGAAGCUUUUACUAAGGGACAGCCUGAGGCCAGACCACAGAAUUAGAUCUGGAGUGGGAAUGUAUAGGAAGAAAGCUAUGGAAGAGAGAGGGGAAAAAUCACAACAACAGGUUUGAAAGAACAAAAAACAGCGAGAAGGAGGCAGUGGGAGAUAGAUGAAGUAAAGGUAGUGUAUAUUUACUUGUUUGGCACUUUUAAAGCUAGAGCCACUUCUGUGUAACUUGAUGAGUGUUCAUGCUAGAACCUGAAAAGCUGGCAAUAAAUUAGCUCAUUAAGGUACUUACCUGAUCAAAGGCAACUUUAUCAAAUUAAGUCAUUCUGCUUUUAUGUAAUUCUUCACAUAUAGCAUAACAUACAUAACAUAAAUGUUACUUCAGUAACAUUUAAAGGAAAGAGUUGUGAUGUAUGAACAGUAAUUCAGUGUGUCAGUGUAAAAUCUGUUGCUGCUGAAAGGCAGGUGGUGGUGUGCUCUGUACAGACACCCAUCACUAUUUGCUAUAGGAUGAUGAAAAAUAAAUAAUAAUAGUGAAAUCCUUUGUGAAUUUCAUGGGCCCUGCCAUCAGUCUUUCAAAUUGCAGCAGGGACAGCUGGCUGACAGCUUCCUUCAGGACAAAGCAGAGUUGUGUGAACACAGUAAUAGAAAUCAGAACAUCUGACACUGAGGAUAUGACUGUAACACACCUUGUUCAAUGGCUGGAGUCUGAGUUCAGCUCUGGGUGUUUGUGGAGCUCAGAAUCAAUCAGUAAUUGAUUCAUCUCCUGUCUGGUUUUUACAGCACAAAAUUAGUUGAACUUCUGUUCAGAAAUUCAGGAUUGCUUUAACACCUGACUGACAUCUCCCACUGAUGUGUUUAGCUUUAAUUGUAAGUAGUUAUUUAUAUUAUAAAACAUGCUCUUUGAUAAUGAAUAAAGGAAUAACGUCCUCCAUCCAUAGUUAUCUUUCAACUCUGGUCCCUUAGGCGCUUUGUACUCAUAUGUGGCCCUAAAGCAGAAGGAGAUUCCGCUGUUCUGGGAAAUGGCAGUUCAGUUAAAGGCAUCGAACUGAUCGAGCAGGGAUCAGGGCCCAGCUCCAGAAGCCGAUGGAUCACUGCAGCUGGCUGUGGUGGUAGUCAUUGGGGCUAUCUUUAUCUACAUCUUGUGGUGUUUGCCUUUUAAGUUGCCUUUUCUUAGGGAGUUAGAUUGAUCAACAGGGGAGAAAAAUCUCCCUGACAGUACCUCGUAACAUUGUAAUACAGAACAGCGUGAGUUUGACAGACGUGAUCAGUGGGGUGGAACGCUGAAACCGUGCUUGUAAUUGCAGCCCAUCCUACCUGCCUGAUGUGAUCGCACACAGCAAAUUUCUCACUCCUACAUUGGGAAAGGAGCACCUAUAGCCUUUAAGCUCCGUGCUUUCGGGCAGUAUUUCCACGAAGGACGUAAUGCAGCGUGAACCAAGCGCGGCAGGGCCGGGCCGGAGCGGCCCAACGGCUUUGUUGGGCGUUGAGGUUUUACUGCGAGGGAGCGGAGCGGGCGGCUCCGGGGGGAUCGCUGCUGAGACAGCGGUCGGUCGGAAAGAGAACCUCGUAGUGAAAAGCCUGGCGUCGGAAGUAGUUUAUUAGAGAACUCCAUAGCUUUGUUAUUAACAGUUAAGGGGCGUGAAAGCGUCUUUCAAAUACUUUCAGUUUCAGGGAGCUCGCCGAGCGCUCGUCACUUGUAGCGCCUGUCUCAGGGCACGGGCGGCUCGGGCAGCCGGAACAGCGCUUCGGUGCGGAAGUCAGCGCGGAAAGCCAAACCGGGGCAAGGAAGGGGAAACCGCCGCGUUCGAACGGCCCGCGCCGGCAGCGCCCGUAACGGCCGCGCGGAAGACGCUGCCCGGUUCGGUUCCGCGCCGCACCGCCGAUCGCCACCCGCGGCCCUCCGGCCCCGAAGCGCUGCCCGGCGCGGGGCCGCCCCCAGCACGGCGCAGGGUCGCGGGUCGUGCUGCGGAGAGGGAAAGGCGGCCCAUGGAGCCGGGGAGCGCCUGGCGGGCGGCGUAGCCCGGCCCCCGCCGCUUUGUUAGCGCAAACACACAAACACGCCCAAACGCGCCUCACCUGGGCGGCGAAGACGAGGGAGCGCUCCCAUACAUAAUGGGCACUCGGCUCCUGCCCCCCGGGCCGCCGCAGAGCAGCGGAAAGAAUGUCGGCGCGGGCCGCGGGUGACGUCAGAAGGGAGCAGCGCAGAGCGGCGGCGGCCAGGCAGCGGCAGCGGCGGCCCCGGCACGGCGAGGGAGGCGCAGGCGGAGGAGGCGGGAGCGGCGCCGGCCCCGCCGCCACCGCAGCGGCAAUGGCGGCCGUUGGGGAGCGCAGGUCCCUGCCCAGCCCCGAGGCGAUGCUGGGGCAGCCCUGGAGCCACUGGGUCGACGCUGCUAAACUUCACGGGAACGACGGAACUGCACUAGAAGAAAGUUUCAAGGAAUACGGGAAAAAUCGAGAAGCGAUGCGACUCUGCCGAGAAGAUAUGCCAAUAUUUGGUCUUUGCCCGGCUCAUGAUGAUUUCUAUUUGGUGAUGUGUAACCACUGUAAUCAGGUCGUAAAACCACAGGCAUUUCAAUCACAUUAUGAAAGAAGACACAGCUCCUCCAACAAGCCGCCUUUGACUCCUCCCUCCUCUUCAGUAUUUUCCCUCAUUUCAUCUUUCCCUUCAAAAAACAAAGGUAGCGGUGGAAGUGGGAGCAAUCGUUCAUCCAGUGGAGGUACUAGUGCAUCAUCAUCAUCGUCGUCAAGUUCCAAGUUGUUGAAAUCACCCAAAGACAAGCUGCAGAUCAGCGGAAACAACAGGUUAAUGCAUCCGGUACAGCAUAGCAAAGUUCCCCAUGAUAAAAUUAUGACUCCAUCUGUCAAAGUGGAAAAGAUUCAUCCAAAGAUAGAUGGUGCCCAACUGAAAGCUGCUGUUGGUCCAACUUGUUCUACUACUGUGAGUUCCUCAAUAAAGACUGGCCUUAAUUGUCCCUCAAUACCAAAGCCACCCUUGCCUUCCCCUGGACAGAUACUGAAUGGUAAAGGUCUUCUCUCUGUGCCUCCAUUUUUGGAAAAGAAACCUGAAGAAAAUACAAAUAAUAGGAAAUUUUUACAUAAAAGAUUGUCAGAGAGAGAAUUUGAUCCUGAUAUAUACUGUGGUGUCAUUGAUGUGGAAACCAAGAAACCCUGUACUAGGUCUUUGACAUGCAAGACACAUUCCUUAACGCAGCGGAGGGCUGUACAGGGUCGAAGAAAACGAUUUGAUGUGUUGUUAGCUGAGCACAAAAGCAAAACCAGGGAAAAGGAACUUCUUCGACAUUCGGAUCAUCAUCAGCAGAUGCCCCCUCUCAGGGAACCACAUCCCUCACCUACUAAAACUUCCCAGGAGCUGCACCAAAAUUCUCAUGGAGUUACUCUUACAGAAUCAAAGCCUUUAUUACCUAAUAAACCCAAACCUCACCCCCCCAGUCUUCCAAGGCCUCCAGGCUGUCCAGCCCAGCACAGUGGAAAUGCCCCUAGCGAUUCUCCUUCUGUCCACGAGUCCCCUCACCCUCUCUUGCCUGCAGCUGAGCCAGCAUCUCGGUUAUCCAGUGAUGAGGGAGAAUGUGAUGAAAAAGAAGAGCCUGUUGAAAAACUGGAUUGUCAUUAUUCAGGUCAUCAUCCUCAACCAGCCGCUUUUUGCACAUUUGGUAGUCGGCAGAUUGGAAGAGGUUAUUACGUGUUUGAUAAGCGGUGGAACCAUAUUCGAUGUGCACUUAACUUCAUGGUGGAGAAGCAUCUUAAUUCGCAGAUGUGGAAGAAAAUUCCACCAGCAUCCAGUAGCACAGCAGCAGUUCGUGCACCGCACCGGACAAAUGCGAUACCUGCUUCGCAGUAUGGGGUCAGCACGACGGGUUUCCUCCUCCCCACCACUGUUAUGUCCUCUCCAGCUCUGGUGUCUCCUUCCUGUACGUCUCUGAACAAUAAAUCGGUACCAUCACAUGGAACUACACUAAAUGCAAAUCCCGCUACCUUGGGUGCAGUGGAUCCUGUCUGCAGUAUGCAAUCAAGACAAGUGUCUUCGUCCCCUUCAACACCUACAGUGCUUUCCUCUGUACCUUCACCUAUGCCCAGCAAACCUCAGAAGUUGAAAUCCAGCAAAUCUUUUAAACCUAAGGAAUCUUCUGCUGGCAGUGGCACCUGUAACAGCACCGGCAGCGUCAGCAGCGGCGGCGGCUCAGGAAAGAAGCGUAAAAACAGUUCCGCACUGCUAGCACCUUCUCAUUCCACAGAGUCCUUUAGAAAAAACUGUGUGGUUAACUCUGGAAACUCUGGGACCUCCUAUCAUCCGUCGGUGACAUCUUCGUCCCACAGCGUUGGCCUCAAUUGUAUGACUAGCAAAGCUAACUCCGUUAGCCUCAAACAUGACCAAUCAGGGAGGGGUCCUCCUACUGGAAGCCCUGCAGAAUCAAUAAAAAGAAUGAGUGUGAUGAUGAACAGCAGCGAUUCCACUCUCUCCUUAGGGCCAUUUGUUCAUCAGUCCAGUGAGCUGACUGUGAACUCGCACAGCGGUUUUUCACAUUCACAUCCUUCCCUAGACAAACUAAUAGGGAAGAAAAGAAAGUGCCCACCUGGUUCAAGCAGCAUAAACAGCAGCAGCAGCAGCAAGUCAAACAAAGUUGCCAAAUUGCCAUCGGUGAAUAACGUUCACGCAAAACACACUGGUGCAAUCCCAGGGACACAAGGACUGAUGAACAAUUCUCUUCUUCAUCAGCCAAAGGCACGUCCCUGAUAGCUGAAUAUACCAUGGUGAGAAAAGAACUGGACAGUUUUCACUACAAGCAAAACCUCCAUCUGGAAUUCUGGACUCCAAGAUGCCUUGAGUUUUCCCAGCUUCCCAUGGUCCUCAGGUGUGGAAAUCUACUGGACUGUCAUUCAAACAAGGAAUUUCCCUGAAGCCAUGUCUGUAGCAGUGAAAAUACUAGAAAUGGACACUGGAUGAAGUUCAGCCACAUAAUUGCUCUUAUCAGUGUUAACAGUGGUCUGGACUAGUUUGCUACAAAUCCGUGAGAUUUACUUACAGGAGUACAUCAUCUUGCCACUAUUUGACAUAGAUUGGCUGGGCAAAGGAAUGUUUUCUGGGGGGGGAAAUAAACAUUACUGUGGACUUAUUUUUAUACUGAUGGUGUCUUUUGUAGGUGAUAGCUGCCAGGUGGACACUGUCAGCAGAGGGGACCCCACGACAAGGGGCAAAAAUGCGUGAGGCACAAUGGAAAGAAGCCCUCGAGAAGGGAAUAUGGCUUUAGUGUUUUUAUAGCAAUGUUCCUUUAAUGGAAUAUAAAAAUAGCACAAUUCAAACAAGCAGUCUGCAUUUUGCCCAGCCUUUUGCAAGUGAUUUGGGGUAAGAAGGUAUCAGGAGUUUAAAAACAAACAAACGUUAAAACACCGAUAGGAACAGUAAACAGCAAAAACUUGUUUGACGCCAUGGCUCAGAAAACAAGUAUAAAAACGUUGUGCUUGGGUGAUACAGAAAUUAUUUUUUAUUCUUUUGGAUAAGAUCUGAUUGCAGAAGAAAACUGAAGUUAGUUGUUUUUUAAGCAGUCCAAAAAUAUGAAGCAAAGGCAAAUAACCUCUAGAACUAUGUGCCCAAAGAACGUAUUUCUUGACCUUUACUGUAUGCCAUCAACCUUUGUUAUUUGUAAAAUAACAACCGUGUUGGUUAUGUUAGGCUGGCUUGGCCUUCCAGCCUGUAAAAAAAAAAAAAAAUAGCCCUUUUAAAGUGAAGUAUUUAAACUAUUUAAAUAUUUUCUAAAAAAUAGUAAUAAUAGUAAUAAUAAAAGUCACUUAUUUUAUGCCUUCUUUGUAGAACUGAAGCGUUAAUGCUUUCAACCACUCAGAUUUUAUUUUAUUUCCCCAAAAUUGGGGAGUGGAUCACAGCUGAGUUCAUGUGCAGCUGUGCACAUUGCAGCCGUGGUGCUCCUGCCUGGCACUGCGAGUCAGGGGCUCUGCACGGUUCUGUGCACCCUCUCAGUCUGUAGGAAAUGUUCUGUGUUGCUUCGGAACACCUCAGAAGUGAAUUCCGCUCAAGGGCUCGUUGUACUGGGGUUUGGUUUGUCGGGGUUCUUUUGUUAAGUUUUUAGGUAAAGUCUCAAAACGGACUGAACUUUUCUGAAGGGGCAAAGCCAAGGCAAACAAAGUAUUGACCAAGAAGACAUUUUUCUGCCUUAAAGGGGCACCAGCUGUCGCUGAGAACAGACAAUCUGAGCCUGUCACGUUGUUCCCGUUGCCCAGCCUUCCCCGUUUCGGUGGCAAGUUGUACAUCAGGGAAUCCAAAGCCACUACCAGUAGCAGUCGCUGAGUUGUUUACCUGACCGUGCUUUCAGUUUCAUCUGAACUUGCUACAAAACCGGUGUCGUACAGCAAAGCAAGCAGCCUCUAUGCAGACACUUGAGCUUUUGAAUUGAUAUAAAAGAUCACUCUUAGAAAGCGACGUGUUAUAGACUCUUAUUAUGCAAACUUUAAUUUAAAAAAAAAAAAAACAAACAAAAUCCCAGGCAACUUUUCAGGAACAGAAGGAUAAUUAAUAAGGCGCCCUACUGAAAGGAUUGUUGGAACUGUGAUGGGUUGAAGGUGAAAGGAACCAAAGUAUUAUGUCACAAAGAGAAAUGAGAAUGCAUCCUUAAGUCCCGCACGUGUGGAAUCAAAUCCAUGCUGUGAUGAAAUCUCUGGGGCAGAAAUGUCACUUUGGGACGGUCUCAGUCACAAGUGCAAUUUGACUCUUCUAAAUACAAAGGAGACAACAAUUUGGCAAGAAUGGAAUCUCGUGAGUUUGUGACCAAACUCGCCCCGUUCGUAAGGUUCUGUUGAUCUGAAAGCAAAAUGGCAAACUCGUGCUCCUCCGGCAGCACGUAAAGUGAGAGCAGAGCCAGGCUGGAAGCUGCUGGAAUAGCGGGCUGCAGCACUGCAGGUCUGUCUGCCCUGGGCAUAGAGCUGCUUCCAUGUUGUGUUUGAGAUGUCGGCUACAAGCAGAGCGUUGUUCCUGGAGCUCCUGCUGUCCCCUGGUUCUGACUGUAAAUAACAAAGGAAGCUGAAAAUCAAUUUUCCUUGCAAAAAUGAAUUUGCAGUGGCUGGGUUGUUUCUAGACAGAUUUUGGUAUUAAUUUAAGAGAUACACUUUUUAUAGUCUUUCCGACUUCUCGUUAUGACUCCUGCAGUUUUCUUAACCUAAAAACAUUGCUGCAAUGAUGAACAAAGAAUUAUACAAGAAAAAGAAAAACAUACUUUUGUAUCUUUAUUUUGGAAUUUCUUGUUCUAUUAUAAAUAUUGAAGUAUCCCUAUUUCAGAAGACGUAUUUUGUUAAUUGAUUGUACAUAUUUAAAUAUGUAUUUUUGCACAGGUCUUUUUUUCUGAUAUCCAGUUUUGGUACAAUUGAGAUCAUCUAGUAUUUAUUUAUUAAUUAAUUAAAAAAAAAAAGGCAAAAAAAAAAAAAA